AUGAGAUUCCAGCGGCCACUUUCUUUGCCGGCACUCGUGUUGUCAUUUUUUUCGGUUGUCACAUCUUGGAGUGGUGUUGUUGUUGUUGGGGCUGAGAAGGUGAGGGAUUGGAGUAAUGAAGAGCUCGAAGAUCAUCCUGAUCCUAAUGACGAGAACUAUGCUGGAAUGGUCUACGUUGGAAAACACGACACAAGCACGGGGAGGCGCGUUGGUUUUGACGAAGGUAAUGGUGUCAGUUUCAUUUUUGGGACUGCAUUUGAUGAGACACACAGGAAAAUAGAAGAAAAAGACCUGCUGGAACAUCCACUAAAACCCGCUCAUGAUAUUCCUGAAGUUGACCGAGAAAAAACAUUGAAAGACCGGCGACACAAGCCUAUGGACAAGACAGGACCAAAACCGUUUGGUCAUGUUGAAAUACAUGAACUUGAUGGAGGCGUCAUGCCUCCAAGAGUGGUACACGUCGAGCCUUUCUUCAUGGAUGAAAGUCCUAUAUCGAACAAAGAGUUUGGGAAAUUUGUGAGAGCCCAGAAUUACGAAACAGAGGCAGAAAGAUAUGGAUGGUCGUUUUGCCUUGUCUCAUUUUUAAACCCAUCCACCACUGAGAUAGAAGAAGGCGACCCAGAAGCACCACACUGGGUGAUUGUGCCUGGGGCAUACUGGAGACGCCCUGAAGGCCCUCAGUCUUCUUACAAGCAUCGGGAAGACCACCCAGUAGUCCACGUGAGCCACAGAGAUGCGGCAGACUUCUGCAAAUGGAAAGGAAAACGAUUACCAGGUGAGUGGGAAUGGGAGGCAGCAGCUCGUGCUGGCCACUACGGGCCCUCCAACCGAACAGUGUAUAGCUGGGGAGAUGACGAUUCGUGGGAAACUGCAGAGCAAUAUGCCAAUUUAUGGGGCGAUUCUGAAUUUCCAACAGAAAACAGUGCAAAAGAUGGGUGGAGGGCAACCAGUCCAGUAAAGACAUACCCACCAAACAAGCUAGGAUUUUAUGACAUGACUGGCAACGUGUGGGAGUGGCAACGUGGUGGCAAACACAAAUCCCGAAUCGUGCGUGGCGGCAGCUUCGUGGACUCACUUACAGGAAACUAUAAUCAUGCUGCAACAUUGGGAGCCCGAGCCACCUUGCACGCCACAACGACCGCUGCGAACAUUGGGUUCCGAUGUGCGAAAGCCCCAAGAAGAAGAGCGGAGUAUCACUAUGUAUACCACGAUGAAGAAGCUCAUGGCCAACUGGCAAUCGAGGACGAGUUCAAGAGCAUCCACCGUCUUCCACAGCGCGGUUGGGAGGAUCGCUUCACCGAUGACCAGGAUGAUGCUAUAGGAGAAGAUAGUCUUGCUGGAGCGCGACGGAAAAAGAAGAAAGUUGUUAAGACAAGAGAACGGUAUUCAACAGAACUGUGA